AUGGGUUUCCUCUCAAACCCUUUGCGGUCUCGCGACCGCAGCGGCAGAUUACCAAAAUACGAGCAAUUGAGUCCCUUACGGACCAAGGAACGUCUUUCAAACGACGAUGACGACUAUUAUUCCGACGAAGACUCGGAGGGCUACUCCACCACAUCAUCCCCGAGUGUGAGAAGCUCUCGACAGGCCUCUUCCACUCUCUCCAGCGCCGCCCUAAUGCUUCCAAAGCGAGCUCUCGCAACGGCUCGCCGCCCACGAACUCACCUAUACCGCCUACCGAACCGCAUUAUUCGAUAUCUGUGCUUAGGUCUGCUUACCUUCAUGGUCCUUAUGAUCAUGUCUCUGGUCCGCGCCAGCCAUGUUGAGAACAAGAUGAUCAUAGAGGGCAAGGUCGAGAAGAAACCUGACCCCCCGCCCGUAUGGGAGUCCUUCGAUUUCCUUCAAAGAUACUACGGCGGUGUCAGGACUAUUGUCCCCCCUGCGAAAUACGUUCCCUCCUACCCUCAGUCUGAGGACGAAGCCCCGCUCGACCAGCUAGACAUUAACACUACGGCAACUGCUACAAGCGAGGACGGCAUUGAUGAUGCCAUGAAGAGAGCCUUGCCGAAGAGCAAGAUGUUCCUCGACCACCCCGAUGCCAUCUUCAACAUUAAGCCCGAGAAGUUUACCGAGUGCUUCAUCGACGAGGAUAAUAAGGUUCGCGUUCCGCCGAUCCGAUACUUUGACGGUCGCCCCCAGGGCUUCCCUCAGCAUGCCGAGGGCUCCUACGAGCUGUUGAACCUCCCCGAGAACAUUUGCUACGAACGUUUCGGGCGCUACGCACCCUACGGCUUCGGAUACUCUGUCCCCGCAGGCGGCCUUGGCAUCGGCGAACACGGAGAAAAGGAAGGCUCUGAAGACGUUUGGGAACAGACUCCCAAGGUCGACUGGCGCAAGGUUGAUUGGGCUGCUGCUCAACGCCGUUGCUACCAAUCAAAUACGGCGAGAUUCAAGCCGAUGCCGCCCAAGGUUCCGGUCGCACGUGGUUUCUACAUUGACGAACCGGCUCAAAAUGCGACCUUGGUAACGCGCGACCCCCUGGAGAACAUGGAGCCCAGCCACAAACCCAACGAGGAUGGUAAAACUGAUGGUAAAGCCGAGAGCAAACCUGCUGGCGAAGAGAAGCCAGAAGAGAAGACUGCCCGAACCGCGGUCGUAAUUCGUGUUUGGGACGAGUACCUUUGGCGCGAGGACGAUAUCAUGAACGUUCGUUCCGUCAUCUCUGAGCUUGCACUGGCAUCGGGUGGACGUUAUGACAUCCAUCUUCUCGUCCAAAUCAAGAAUGAUGCUGCUUAUCCUGUUUUCGCAGACCACGAGGUUUACGAGCGCCGUAUCAGGGAACGUAUUCCUGAGGAAUUCAGAGGCCUCGUCACGCUCUGGACUGAGACACAGAUGUUGUCUCUCUACCAGGGUCUUUUCGACCUUUUCACCCGUGGCCCUGACCUGCCUGUUCACGGCGUGUACCGUGGUCUAUCAAUGGCCAUGCAAUACUUCGCGUACCAACACCCCGAAUACGACUUCUACUGGUCCUGGGAAAUGGACAUUCGUUACACUGGACACUACUACGACCUCUUCAGCAAGAUGGAGAACUGGGCCAAGGAACAACCCAGAAAGGGACUUUGGGAGCGCAAUGCUCGUUUCUACAUCCCUAACGUUCACGGUUCGUGGGAAGAUUUCAGACAGAUGGCUCGUGUUCAGUCCGAAAUGGGCACUGACGGUGCCGAUAACAUGUGGAAGAACAUCCCCGGCUCCAAGAACAAGGCUAACAAUGACGCCACCAAAAUCAAUCGCGGAGAAAAGACCAUCUGGGGCCCGGAGCGUCCUCACAACGAGGAUGACUGGUUUGAAAUCGAGAAGGAUCCCAAGCCCCCGACCAGCUAUGAGAAGGACAAGUACAAGUGGGGAGUGGGCGAGGAAGCCGAUCUCAUUUCGUUCAACCCCAUCUUCGACCCGGAAGGAACUACCUGGCUUCUAUCGGACGACAUCACCGGAUACAACAAGAACAACCGUGAGGAGCGCAUGCCGCCAAGGAGAGCGCAUAUCAUCACAGCCUCGCGCAUGUCCCGCCGGCUUCUCAUGACGAUGCACCGCGAGACAGCUCUUAAGAAGCACUUUGCGUUCCCCGAAAUGUGGCCUGCUACCGUUGCUUUCCAUCAUGGCUACAAGGCCGUCUUCGCCCCUCACCCUAUGUACGUCGACAGAGAGUGGCCUAUCGCAUACCUCGCUCAGGUCCUCAAUGGCGGCAAGAACGGUGCUAGCGGUGGCUCACGCACUGCUGUGUUCGGCCAGCGUGAGCACAAUCUGCGUGGUCUCUCUUGGUUCUACAACUCGGGUUUUGCCCCCAACUUGUACCGCAGAUGGCUUGGGCUUAAGGUCAACAACGAUGGUGGCGAGGAGUUUGAAAAAACCGAAGAUCCGACCAAGGAUGGUUCUACCGUCGGCCAAAUGCGUGGUGGUGAAGGCCGGAUGUGUCUGCCCCCCAUGCUCAUUCAUCCUGUCAAGGGAGUUGAGGUGCCGGUAGAGAAGAUACCCGAAGAGGCGAAGGAGACCGUCCCUGAAUCUGAUCCUAGUGCAUGA